GAUGACGUGAGGUGUGGUGGGAUGACGUGAGGUGUGGUGGGACGGAGGUGUGCCAGUAGGUGUCUAGUGUUGUAGGAUGGUGUGAGUUAUGAUGGCAUUGUGGGUGAAUUUGCAAAAAUAUCUGUGAGCAGGUAUUACUUUAGGAUAUUUUUUCAUAUGAGUUAUUUCUUUUUUUAGCAACAUGAUUAAAUCGAUGAAAUUAUUGUGAAAAUCAAAGCUUUGAAUCUCAAUCUUGAAAAGCUUUAAAGUAUAUCCUUAUAAUCCGCUAACCUAGGAAAUUUUUAUCGCUUUAGGAAAUACUGACGCCAAAUACACAAUAACAAAAAUCUAAUCCUCCCCUCCCCUAGUCAUUAUUGACCAAUCAAAACACUUGUUCUAAUGAUGUUCACACAUACUCGCAUAUCCCGGAUGAUGAAAGUGCAAAGAGUUUGUAGUGGACCGAGCGUGAGUGAGUUUUUGUCGAUGGGAUCCCAGAAAUUACCCCAAACUGAAUGAGCUGUACGGAAAAUCCAUGAAAAGGAUCAGAACCAAGUAUUACGGCCGUUUUCCAGACAAGGACCGUACCAGCAAAGAUGAAACUGCCAUUUGUGAGAGGCUGAAAGCAGAGGACUUUGCCGUGUCGAAGUCCUCGCGCUAUGGGUUCCCAUACCAGCCUACUUGUCUGGCUUACGAUACUGUACAAUGUAUACUUGCUAUAGGGACGUAUUCAGGAGCGCUGAGAAUACUCGGUCGCCCAGGAGUGGAAUCUCAUGUCCAACAUGAUAGCUCUACUCCCGUAAGGAACUUGCUCUUCCUCGUAAAUGAGGGUGCUCUGAUCAGUAAUUGUCCAGAGGACUGUAUCCAUCUGUGGAAUCUGCGUCAAGAACAGCCUGUGAUUGUACAGUCGCUUAGGUUCAACAGAGAAAGGAUAACAUGUCUGCACCUACCAUACAAGUCACGCUGGUUGUAUGUGGGCACAGAGAAAGGCAAUGUUCAUGUGGUCAAUAUCGAGAAGUUUGAGUUAUCAGGGUACACUAUCAAUUGGAACAAGGCUAUUGACAUAAAAUGUAAAACUCACCCUGGUCCAGUUGUGCAGAUCACUGACAACCCAGUUGACUCCAAUAAGAUCUUACUUGGAUAUGAGUCUGGAACUGUUGCUGUGUGGUCAUUAAGGGAUAAAUCAGCUGAGCAAAGGUUUAUUUGUAGCCAGAAAUCAUUAACCUCAAUGCACUGGUUAAAUGAUGGGAAGCAGUUCAUAUGUGCUCACUCUAAUGGCUCUCUUAGUCUGUGGAUGUUAAAAACUGCCGGCAAGCCUGUAGAAAUACUCACCCCACAUGGUAUGUCAAACAGGGAGCGACCAUGUGCACCUAUUAACAAGGUUGAGUGGCUUGGCUCAGCGUCAGGGGACCCCCUUAUCAUAUUUUCUGGGGGAACAAUGAGAGGGAAGAGAAAAGGCUUAACCUUAUGUCAUGGCAAGUCUACCAAGCUCCUUACUACAGAGAGUAUACUGGACUUUACCUCAGUCAUGACCACGCCCUGGCCUGAGGAAAUGCAGGACCCUAGAGCUAUUAUCGCCAUCACCCCGGCCAGACUACUAGUGUUUGAUGUUGCGUCUGCACUUUCUUCCAAACCCGUCACAUUUGAUGUACCAUAUGCUUUUGAGAUCCACGAGUCGCCUGUCACGUGUACACAGUAUAUCACUGAGUGUCCACCCGACCUCAUCAGGGCAUUAAGAGAGGUCGGCGGAAGACCCAAAAAGAAACUCUUACAGCGGGAGGCCAGCCGACAGCCUUGGCCCAUAACAGGUGGUGCCAUAAAUGACCGAGACACCGAUGAUGAAUCUAGUGAGCUUAUCAUCACAGGGCAUGCUGAUGGCACUGUGAGGUUUUGGGACGCAUCCUCAGUUACCAUACAACAACUAUACAAGUUAUCGACUUUAAAGCUGUUCGACAAGGACAAACACAAGUCAUCAAGUGAGAGCAGUGAUAGCGACCACCGCAGGCAAAGUCAGUCAGAAGGCUCCGAGAGUGGUGAUCACCUAAGUGGUCUAGACUCCAAGGAGGAGGAGACGGAGGCCUUCUCCAUACAACAAGUUGAACUCUGUACACACAGUAGAACGCUGGUCGUCUGCGGCGCAACCUACGCUCUCGUCUAUCUCUUCAGUUCCACUGAGCAGGCUGUUGAGUUAGUUCAAGUAGACAUCCAUUUGACAGCAGAUUCCCCCACUGAAAGCCUCUCUUCACCUGAACAUGAUACCUCAGAUCGGCGCUCCUUCCCUGGGCUGUUGACUCCGCCUUCCUUCUCUCUGCCGUCACUGUUCUUCAAGACAGGGACAUUUAGAAGACACCCAGGCUUUCAGCCAGAGCUUGGUUGUGUCACUGCUGGUGGUGCUGAUAGUUGGCCCGUCAGUAGCGUCAGUAUCAGCUCACAAUACGGCUUGAUAUCUGUAUGUUGUGGCCCAUCUCUUGCCCUUAUCGACAUUGUACAGAAGAAGAUUGUGACUGUCCUCUCAGCGCAGGAGAUGACGAUGAUGGCAGAUGCACCAUCAGUUGCCACACCCGUCACGGCAGCACCCACCACGCCCCUAACGACCAAUGCGCCCAUAUCACUAACACUCAACCUUGCGCUUGGAGGAAUAGACUUCUCUGAUGCUGCGGUACAGAUAUCAAAAGAUAAGAAAGUCAAACCACCUCGUCCGCCAGCUCCUAUUAUCAGGAUGAAAUCAGUCAACAAGGGGGAGGGGUCGAAUGGUGCCGAUAGUUCUGAUGGUGUGAGGGCAAGGACGCCGAGUGGUCCUACGAUAGAAAGCCCCCCUGAUAUCAUCCAGUGCACCCGGUUUGCUUGUACUUUCACUAAAAAACAUGAUAACUGGAUUAGCCCAUGUAUUCUAGUGGGGACUGGACAGGGCAGUGUGUUUGUCGUAGUUAUAAACAUGCCCCCAGCUGAGGAGAGGCAUCUCCAGCCCAUCCUUACUAUUACCACAGGGACAGUAUAUAAACCCAAAGCUGGUUCCAUUAUGACUAUGGCAGUCCUAGACAGCCAAGGUCAUUUGUUUCCAUCUCCAAUGAAGUUUUGGACGGAUAAAAAGGAGGAUGCACAACAUUCUAACCAAACAGUGAACGCGCGGGAAAGCAGCGAUCGUCAUUUUCUGGUGGUGUGUUCAGAGGUGGAAGCUAAGACGUACCAGCUGCCUCCUUCACACUCCAGCCCUUCAAGUCAUACCAAGGCUUCGGUGGCAGAUGACACGUCGGUGGUAGUGUCUGCUAACGUCCUUACGAUUGAAGGCAGUAGCUGUCUCGUCUGUCUCAAUAGUGUUGGGCGACUAAUGACCUUUAGUCUACCAAGCCUGAACUCCAUCAUGGAUGUGGAUUGUAAUUUUCUCUUAACAGAUUUUAGAUUUUUACGGACGUUACGGUUUUCCGAUGGAGGGAAAGCCAUUAUCAUGUGCUCUCCAUUCGAAAUUCAAAGAAUGUCAAUUUUCACUCGAGCAGAGGACGAGAAUGGUGCUUGUACGUUGUUCAGUGCCGUGGCAGAGCCCGAGCCUCCAAACAAGGGAUUUUUCAGCAGUCUGUUUGCCUCGUCUGCAUCGCCCUUGGACCGAGAGCAACUCUUUGGCAGCGAAAGUGGUGCUGCAUCGAGAAGUGUGGCGGAGCGCAUGCAGGGCCCUGGCAUUGAGCAUCUACAAGAGACCUCGGUCGGGCUAGGAGGAGCAAUGCAGAAGAACAGAGAGAUGCUGGCGGAGCGAGGGGAGAAGCUGUCACAAGUGGAAAAGAAGACGGCCGAGAUGGCCAUCAAGUCCAAAGCAUUCGCUGAUGCUGCCCACGGCAUAACCCUUAAGUACAAAGACAAAAAAUGGUACCAGGUGUAAGGGUAACGCUGCAUGUCACACAACAUGUCACGCAAGUCUCCCUCCGACAUAAUGCAGAACUUUAAGUACAUGGACUAUUCUAUGACUUCAUUUGUUGCGUCAUCGUGGAAGAGCAAGUGUGGAUGUAUCUUCACGAUGAAAAUGAAAAAUUGCAAAUUCUUGGAUUUUGACCAGAUUGUGUCUAGGAGAGUAAAAGCCCUUAAACCUCUAAUGUUUGAUCGUGACGUCGUGUAAUUGGAUUACAUACCUGGUGACGUAUUUUCUCAGCAUGAGACUAAAUCCUUGUCAUUUUUUUAGAGUUUUGUUUGUCGGACUUUUGGUGUGAGUUUAAGGGAUCGAGGGAGCUACUACUUGCCUUUUCCACUGUUUUGUCCUGAGUUAUCCAAAGAACUUGAGGGAAAGCAGUGAUCUAAUGCGGUAAUGUCAUCCCUAUUCAAUCAACCUUCCCUCAGUAGGGAACCUGUCAUCAGUGGGGAACCUUCCCUCAAUGGUAUUGUUGUCCCAUUGUGGUUGGUUUUCCGUCCUGAUUGGACAGUACGGGGGGGAGUUGUUUAACAUCGUAAGUAUCCUUAAGUCUGCGCAAGUUUUGUGUCUAAAAGCAGAGAAUGGGUGGUUCUGACCCUAAGUGGGUGGGAGUAGUGGUAGGUGAAGGGAUGGACUGAGUUCUCCUAAAGCAGAAGGGAGUGGUUUCGAACAUUAAAGGGUGGGACUAGGGUUGGUUGAAGGGAAGAACUGUCCUAAAGCAAAAAGGGGUGGUUCCGACCCUAAGAAACUACCUUAAGGAAGAAGGGGGCGAUUCUUAAUGGUGAGGUCAGUUGAAGUGAAGGGAGAGGUCCUUUAGUUGGAUGGGGGGGGGGGGGGGGGGGGCUACAAGGGCGAGUAAAGGGGUUCAGUAAAGUGUCAUUAUUGUAGCACUUUGGGCAGGUAUUGUUUGUUGUACACAGAUCAUGUUUCAUUGUAUAUGGACGCCAUGGUUGCGUCACUAAUGUCAAUUAUAGGAUCGUUAACUUAAAAACAAAUUAUCAUUAAUAUAAUAGAUCUCGUAAACUUUAAUACGGUAUUUUUAUUAAUAAAUGUUUAGAAAGCUGUA